AUGGUCAUCGUUACCAGAGGUGAUUACAUAUGGAUCGAGCCGGUGUCGGGGCGGGAGUUCGACGUGGCAAUCGGCGCGCGGGUGCUCGCGGCCGAGGGGCGACGCAUCCGCGUGCGAGACGACGACGGCCAGGAGCAAUGGCUGCCGCCCGAGCGACGCAUCAAGGCCAUGCAUGCCACCUCCGUGCACGGGGUCGAGGACAUGAUCUCGCUUGGUGACCUGCACGAGGCUGGGAUCCUAAGAAAUCUUCUCAUACGAUAUAAUGAAAAUCUUAUUUACACAUAUACGGGUUCUAUAUUGGUGGCGGUGAAUCCUUACCAAAUACUACCAAUAUACACAGCAGACCAAAUAAAACUAUACAAAGAGAGAAAAAUAGGAGAACUGCCCCCGCACAUCUUCGCUAUCGGCGACAAUGCAUAUGCACACAUGCGCCGCUACAGCCAGGACCAGUGCAUCGUCAUCAGUGGAGAAUCUGGAGCAGGGAAGACCGAAUCCACAAAGCUUAUUUUACAAUACUUAGCCGCCAUUAGCGGCAAGCAUUCCUGGAUAGAACAACAGAUUCUAGAAGCAAAUCCAAUUUUGGAAGCAUUUGGAAAUGCAAAAACGGUCAGAAACGACAAUUCAUCAAGGUUUGGAAAGUAUAUUGAUAUACAUUUUAACAGUGGUGGAGUUAUUGAAGGUGCUAAAAUUGAACAAUAUUUAUUAGAAAAAUCUAGAAUUGUAUCCCAAAGUAUGGAAGAAAGAAAUUAUCACGUAUUCUAUUGCUUGUUGGCUGGACUUUCCAAAGAAGAGAAGAGGAGGCUGGAUUUAGGAGAACCGACGGAAUACAGAUAUUUAUCUGGUGGUGGCUGUUUUACUUGCGAAGGAAGGGAUGAUGCUGCCGAAUUUGCAGACAUUCGAUCCGCUAUGAAAGUUUUAUUAUUUACCGAACCAGAAAUAUGGGAAAUUUUAAAAUUAUUAGCUGCAGUUCUGCACUGUGGUAACAUUAAAUAUGAGGCAACAAUUGUCGAUAAUUUAGAUGCAACAGAAAUAAUAGAACAGGCGAACGUACGAAGAGUCGCAAACUUAUUGGGAGUACCUACACAGUCUCUUAUAGAUGCACUAACAAGGAAAACACUUUUUGCACAUGGCGAAACUGUUGUAUCAACCCUAAGCAGAGAUCAAUCUGUAGAUAUUAGAGAUGCCUUUGUCAAAGGUAUAUAUGGACGGCUUUUUGUCACCAUAGUAAAGAAAAUAAACGCCGCCAUUUACAAACCCAAAUCUACGAUGCGAACAGCGAUUGGAGUUUUGGAUAUCUUUGGAUUUGAAAACUUCGAUCACAACAGCUUUGAACAAUUUUGUAUCAACUUCGCUAACGAAAACCUACAACAAUUUUUCGUUAGGCAUAUUUUUAAAUUGGAACAGGAAGAAUAUAAUCACGAAGGAAUCAAUUGGCAGCACAUAGAGUUUGUCGAUAAUCAAGACGCUCUAGACCUGAUUGCAUUAAAACAGUUGAACAUCAUGGCUUUGAUCGAUGAAGAAUCUAAGUUUCCUAAGGGUACUGAUCAAACUAUGUUAGCGAAAUUACAUAAGACGCACGGUCUUCAUAGAAAUUAUCUUAAACCUAAGUCAGAUAUAAAUACUAGUUUUGGAUUAAACCAUUUUGCUGGAAUAGUAUUUUACGAUACUCGCGGCUUCCUUGAGAAAAAUCGAGAUACAUUUAGUGCUGAUCUGCUCCAGUUAAUUCACAUAUCAACAAAUAAAUUCUUACAGCACAUUUUUCAAGAAGAUAUAAUAAUGGGUUCGGAAACACGUAAACGGGCUCCAACGCUAUCGACCCAAUUUAAAAAGUCAUUAGACUUGUUAAUGAGAACGUUAGGUACUUGUCAACCAUUCUUCAUUAGAUGCAUUAAGCCGAACGAAUUUAAGAAACCUAUGAUGUUUGACCGUGGCCUUUGCUGUAGGCAGCUUCGAUACUCUGGAAUGAUGGAAACCAUCCGAAUCAGGAGAGCAGGUUAUCCGAUCAGGCAUAGUUUUAAAGAAUUCGUAGAGCGGUACAGAUUUUUAAUUUCUGGAGUUCCUCCAGCUCACAAGACUGAUUGCCGUGCGGCGACUGCAAAAAUUUGUGCCACUGUUCUUGGUAAAUCUGAUUACCAACUAGGCCAUACCAAAGUAUUUUUGAAGGAUGCACAUGACUUGUUCUUAGAGCAGGAAAGAGAUAGAGUACUCACUAGGAAAAUAUUAAUACUACAGAGAUCGAUUCGGGGCUGGGUGUACCGCAGACGAUUCUUAAAGAUGAGAGCGGCAGCUAUAUUAAUUCAACGUCAUUGGCGAGGGAAGCUGCAGAGAAUCCGGUACAAUAAGAUGAAAGUGGGAUAUGCCAGGCUCCAGGCAUUGAUCCGUGCGAGAGUUUUAGCUCAUCGUUUCAGACAUUUGCGGGGUCAUAUCGUGGCAUUGCAAGCAGCAGCUCGCGGCUAUCUAGUCCGUCGCUCGUACGGCCACAAGAUGUGGGCAAUAGUUAAGAUCCAAAGUCACGUGAGACGUCUGAUCGCCAUGCGACGAUACAAACGUUUAAAACAAGAGACCAUUGCACACAAUGAAGCUUUACGUCUUAGGAAGCAGGAGGAGCAGAGAUUACAGCACCAGGGUAACACACGUGCUAAGGAGAUCGCCGAGCAAAACUACAGGGAGCGUAUGUAUGAAUUGGAAAGACGAGAAGCUGAAUUAGCUCUAGAAGAGAAACGUCAACUGGAAGCUAAAAGGACAUUGCUUCAAGAAGCAGCUCGUAAGCAAGACGAACCGGUGGAUGAUAGCAAGCUUGUGGAAGCCAUGUUUGAUUUCCUUCCCGAUUCCAGCAGUGAGGCCCCCGCUCCUAAAGAUACAUCCAUGUUUAGUGAUUUACCACAAGCGAGGGCUGAUCAACAAGAGAUGGUGACUCCAAUGCAAACAACGUCCGAAGAUGAAGAGGACCUUUCAGAAUUUAAGUUCCAAAAGUUCGCAGCCACAUACUUUCAAGGAAAUGUUACUCACCAGUAUUCGAGAAAACCGCUUAAACAUCCAUUACUGCCAUUACAUACUCAAGGCGAUCAGUUGGCCGCUCAAGCACUAUGGGUGACUAUAUUACGAUUUACGGGAGAUCUUGCCGAGCCUCGUUACCACACUAUGGACCGAGAUAAUACAUCAGUCAUGUCAAAAGUUACAGCUACAUUAGGCAGAAAUUUCAUUCGUUCCAAAGAAUUCCAGGAAGCUCAAAUGAUGGGCGUCGACCCAGACGCUUAUUUGAACAAACAAAAGCCAAGGUCAAUUAGACACAAGUUAGUCUCAUUGACAUUAAAGAGAAAGAAUAAACUUGGUGAAGACGUCAGAAGAAAACUUCAGGACGAGGAAUAUACAGCCGACAGCUAUCAAUCAUGGCUCGAAUCGCGACCGACGUCAAACUUAGAAAAGCUUCACUUUAUUAUUGGGCACGGUAUACUUCGUGCAGAACUGAGGGACGAAAUAUAUUGUCAGAUUUGCAAACAGUUGACCAAUAACCCUUCUAAAUCUUCCCAUGCCCGUGGAUGGAUUUUACUGUCAUUAUGCGUUGGUUGUUUCGCACCCAGUGAAAAAUUUGUUAAUUACCUAAGAGCCUUCAUACGAGAAGGACCUCCUGGUUACGCACCGUACUGCGAAGACAGACUGAAGCGAACCUUUAAUAACGGUACAAGAAAUCAACCGCCGUCUUGGCUGGAGCUUCAAGCUACGAAAUCAAAGAAACCUAUAAUGUUACCAAUAACUUUUAUGGACGGGAACACUAAAACACUACUAGCAGAUUCAGCGACCACUGCCAGGGAGCUUUGCAAUCAACUGUCUGAUAAAAUUGGUUUAAGAGACCAGUUCGGAUUUUCUCUGUACAUUGCUUUAUUUGAUAAAGUCAGCUCGCUUGGAAGUGGUGGAGAUCACGUAAUGGAUGCAAUAUCACAAUGUGAACAAUAUGCCAAAGAACAGGGUGCGCAAGAGAGAAACGCGCCGUGGAGGUUAUUCUUUAGGAAAGAGAUCUUCGCACCAUGGCAUGAUCCCACCGAAGACCAAGUAGCCACGAAUCUAAUUUAUCAGCAAGUCGUAAGAGGAGUGAAGUUCGGUGAAUACAGAUGUGACAAAGAGGAAGACCUGGCUAUGAUCGCAGCACAACAGUACUAUAUUGAAUACGGGCAGGAUAUGAACACGGAACGUUUGUACACUUUGCUGCCUAAUUAUAUUCCGGAUUAUUGUUUGACAGGAGUUGAAAAAGCAGUCGAUCGUUGGGGUGCGUUGGUAGUGCAAGCUUAUAAAAAGAGCUACUACGUGAAAGAGAAAAUACCAGCAUACAGAGUAAAAGAGGAUGUAGUGAGUUAUGCGAAAUUUAAGUGGCCUUUACUGUUCUCGAGAUUCUACGAAGCGUACAGAAACUCAGGGCCCAAUUUACCCAAAAACGACGUUAUUAUAGCAGUGAAUUGGACAGGAGUGUAUGUAGUGGAUGAUCAAGAGCAGGUGUUAUUAGAGUUAUCUUUUCCAGAAAUUACAACCGUGUCAAGUCAAAAAACCAAUAAAGUUUUUACGCAAACUUUUAGCUUAUCAACUGUUCGCGGUGAGGAAUUCACGUUUCAGAGUCCUAAUGCGGAAGACAUUCGAGACUUGGUAGUAUACUUUCUAGAAGGAUUGAAAAAGCGAUCAAAAUAUGUAAUAGCUUUACAAGAUUAUAAAGCGCCCGGGGAAGGUUCAAGUUUCUUAACUUUCCAGAAAGGAGAUCUGAUUAUUUUAGAGGAAGAUAGCACCGGUGAGUCAGUACUUAACAACGGCUGGUGUAUAGGCCGUUGCGAAAGAACUAUGGAGAGAGGCGAUUUCCCAGCUGAAACAGUGUAUGUGCUACCAGCAUUGACUAAACCACCACCAGAUAUUUUGUCCUUGUUUUGUCAAGAAGGGGCACAACACGGUCGUCGAGUGCCUGCUAGUACAUUUAAUGGGACUGAGACAAGAGAUAAGCCUCACACGCUACUAGAAUAUGCAAUUGAUCAUUUUAGAUUGCCACCAAAGCGUACCGUGUCGAAGGCACUCACAUUAUCGACAGCAAAAAGAGGUGGAGUCGAGGAGUUAUGGAGACAUUCUCGAGAGCCUAUUAAACUACCUUUAUUGAAAAAACUUCAGGCCAAAGAAGAACUAGCAGAGGAAGCCUGUUUCGCAUUUACAGCUAUAAUGAAAUAUAUGGGCGACUUACCUUCAAAACGUCCUCGUAUCGGAAACGAGUAUACUGAUCAUAUUUUUGAUGGUCCAUUAAAACAUGAAAUAUUACGAGAUGAAAUAUACUGCCAAAUAAUGAAACAACUAACAGACAAUAGAAAUCGAAUGUCAGAAGAAAGAGGAUGGGAAUUAAUGUGGUUAGCGACGGGACUGUUUGCAUGCAGUCAGGGAUUGCUGAGGGAACUAACUCUGUUCCUAAGAACUAGGAGAUAUCCAAUAUCUCAAGAUUCUCUUCAAAGAUUGCAAAAGACGUUGAGAAAUGGUCAGAGGAAGUAUCCUCCGCAUCAGGUUGAAGUUGAGGCGAUACAGCAUAAAACAACACAAAUAUUUCAUAAAGUGUAUUUCCCAGACGAUACUGACGAAGCGUUCGAAGUAGACUCCUCAACCAGAGCGAAAGACUUUUGUCAGAAUAUAGCACAGAGACUGAAUCUCAGGUCUAGUGAAGGCUUUAGUUUGUUUGUUAAGAUAGCUGAUAAGGUGAUAUCGGUGCCAGAAGGCGAUUUCUUUUUCGACUUUGUACGACACCUUACUGAUUGGAUCAAGAAGGCGCGGCCCACACGCGAUGGCAUUACACCUCAGUUUACAUAUCAGGUGUUCUUUAUGAAGAAGCUGUGGACGAACACGGUGCCGGGCAAGGACCGCGCGGCGGACGUGAUCUUCCACUUCCACCAGGAGCUGCCGAAGCUGCUGCGCGGGUACCACCGCUGCGGCCGCGAGGAGGCGGCGCGCCUCGCUGCGCUCGCUUACCGCGCGCGCUUUGGCGACAACAAGCAGGAGCUGCAGACCAUACCGCAAAUGCUCCGCGAACUUGUCCCAGCGGAUUUGAUAAAACUCCAAAGUUCAGCCGAUUGGAAGCGUGCUAUUGUGGCAUCAUACAACCAGGACGCAGGAAUGACACCCGAGGACGCUAAGAUCACCUUCCUCAAGGUCAUUUAUCGAUGGCCAACGUUUGGUUCUGCCUUCUUCGAAGUGAAGCAAACUACUGAACCCAACUAUCCUGAACUAUUGCUCAUCGCAAUCAAUAAGCAUGGUGUUAGUCUAAUUCAUCCACAAUCGAAGGACAUUUUAGUCACGCAUCCCUUUACGAGAAUCUCCAACUGGUCGUCCGGCAAUACGUACUUCCACAUGACUAUUGGGAACCUCGUCCGGGGCUCCAAACUACUUUGUGAAACCUCGCUGGGCUACAAGAUGGACGACUUGCUCACCUCUUACAUAUCUCUCAUGCUCACCAAUAUGAAUAAGCAGCGUUCUAUGCGAGUAAAAUAA